AUGGCGCACCACCCGCACUUGGUGAACCUGAAAUGCAGCAUUUGUUCUGUGCUGUUCACCAGCAUGGACGCCUUCAAGGCCCACAUGCCGGAGCACGCGAAUGCGGUUGUGGCGAAAAAGGCGUUCAAAUGCAACGUCAACCGCUGCCCCAUGAAAAGGCGCGUCUUUUUAACACAGGAGCUUCUGGAUGCGCACAAGAAACUGCAGCACGCCAACGGCCCCAGCUUGAUCCGCUGCUACUUGUGUCCGACGAGUGUUUCCACUCAUUACGUGUUGAGAAAGCACCUAAUGGAGAUGCACGGAGUUGACGAACCUGACUUCACUGCGCCUCCGCUGCCGCCGCCAGUGGUACUUUUUGACCUCAAAGGUCCCUUGCAAUGCUUCCUUUGUCCCGAGAGAUUUUCUUCAAAGCAAAAUUUGGAAAUUCACAUUUCAAAGCACUUGGACACGGAGCUCAAGUCGGGGACACUUUUCGGCUGCGACAGUUGCGAUUUCUCUGCGCAAACGUACGCGAUUUUACUCAAGCACUAUCGCGUCGUCCACCAGCAGGACAGGCCCAUUCAACGGCGGUGCGACUUUUGCCUCGAUGAAUUCAGACGUGCUCACGAUACUGCAGCUGACAAAGAACACAUGAUGCGCCAUUUCAAAUCGUACCAGUUCAAGUGCAAGAUUUGCGGCAAAUGCAACGCCAACAAGGCCUCGCUGGAAACCCACACAUUGACUUUCCAUCAAAACGAGGAGGGCGUCUUUUGCGACAUUUGCAAGCGGAACCAAACUCGGGCAAGAAUCUGCCAAGAAGAGGGCAUUGACAGCAAUCUUAGGAUGAAACGUCAUCUUGCUCAAAUGAAUCUGAAAUGCAGAAUCUGUUCGAAGACUUUCAUCGACGUCAAUAAGCGCAAAGCCCACUUGCAGGAGCACAAAAAGGAUUCCGAUAGACUUUUCUGCGAGAACGCCGUUUGCGUGAAAAACAGCCUUUCUUUCAUAGACCUGGAUCAUUUGAAGCUGCACAUGCAAAUUUACCACGGAAGUGCAAAGAACCAAACCCAGGCAGGGUGCAGAAUGUGCAAAGAAGGUUCGAUUGACUGCAAGCACAGGAAGCAAUGGCCACUCAAAUGCGGCUGGUGCAAAAAGGCUUUCUUGGGCAUUGAGAAUUUCAAAGCGCACAUCCCGGAGCACAAGAAGGUCAAGAAGGCGUCCAAGAUAAUCCUAAAGGUGACUGAGCAGAUUUCCUGUCAUCUUUGCAAAAUUCCAGUGGUCAAUCUGGCGGAGCAUUUCCUGAUGACUCACAAUGCUACCAGACUUAACGUCAAGUGCGGGUUGUGUUCGAAGCAAUUCGAGAGCAUCGAUUUGUUUAAGAGGCACAUGCCCGAGCACAUGGGAAAACCAAGCGAGGAGACUUGGAAGUACAAAUGCAACUAUAUCAGAUGCAAACAACGGUUUGCCGACAAGAGCUUCUUCAUUACACACGUCAUCCUCAUCCACAAGAAAAAACCUCUUCCUUGCGAGUUCUGCGAUGAAGUUCUGAUCGAUAAACCGCAAUAUCUAGACCACAUGAAAAAUUUCCACAAAAAUAAAUUGCCUGCUCCUGAAACUCUGUGCGACCCCGAAGGUCAAAUGUUUUGCCAAUUCUGCCCCGAGAGGUUUCUGACGAGAGAAAAUUUGGAAAAGCAUAUUUUGCUGCAUUUGGAGAGCCUCCGAGAGAUGGGCCAGCCCCACUGCUGCAAACCAUGCGACUUCGUAACUGGAAGUUACCGUUUUUUGCUUCGCCAUUUGGAGGAUUGGCACAACAUUGAGAGGAAAAUCGUUCCCAAAACCGACUGCGACAUUUGCGGAAAAGUGUUCGAAUACCGCGAUAGUAUGCAAUCUCAUAUGAGGAAUCACUCUGUUCGCCGUCGCGAACGCGAACCCAAGAGGCCCGUUCUUGUUACAUGCGAUAUCUGUGGAAAGAUUCUACUCAAACAUUCCCUCUUGGGUCACAAAAAAUUACUCCAUGAGAAUAAUAUUUCGCUGGUCUGCGAAAUUUGCGGCCAAAUCUUCACCAGCGAAAACUCUCUGAAAAUCCACAUGUAUCGUCAUUCUGAGAUGGAGUUCAACUGUGGGCACUGCGACUACAAAUCUCAUCGGAAACUUUACUUGGAAAAGCACAUUGAGCGCCACAUGACCAAAAAGGUCAAAUGCAGCAUUUGCGGCGCAUCCGUUUUGUAUCUGAAGAACCACUUAAAGAAAAGCCACGGCCCAAAACAGACUUUCCAAUGCAGUAUUUGUGACAAAACUAUUUCCUGCAACCCAAAAGCAAUCAUGACGCACAGGAACAGUCAUCUGGGACUUCGACCUUUCAAAUGCGAAGAGUGCGGAAAGUCGUUCGCAGUUCAAUUCAACAUGCGAAACCACCAACUGAAGAAACACGGCAUCAAAGCCUUUGAAUGCAACAUUUGCAACAAACCGUUCCAAAACGGCCUCAACCUGAAAAAGCACAAGGAGAAAGUGCACUUUAAUUUACCCAAGAGAAGCUUGAAAAUUAGCUAG